GGUAGAACAAGAUCUAGUAAGAAUUUAUAAAUACCAGUUCAUUUAAUAGUUAGAUGUGCGAGGCUGAGCUCAAAGAGAGAAAAACUCUCAUAGGAUAUCACAUUUACAGUUGUCAGACAUCAGAACUAUAACUAGUCACGAUGAAUUGUUCAACGAAUGGAAACACUACUUCAGUCUUAACUAAUGUUUACAAUGAUACGGGAAAUGAAAGCAACAUUGAAUUAGUAUACUGCAGAUAUGGUUACAUUUGGAAAGAGAUUGGGGACCGAUAUUCUGAUUUUAUAACGAUAUUAUAUAUCAUUUCAUGUGCGUUCACACUGCUUGGAAUGGCCGGGAAUAUGUUAUCGAUCCUUGUGAUGUCAAAAUACACAAUCAAAACAUCUAGGAUUAUUUUGCUACAAACGCUAGCUGCUGUUGAUUCUAUGGUACUCUUAUUUGUGAAUUUAGUUUUUAUACUACCCUCAUUUUCACAAUAGUCUAACAGUGUUCCAGUGCACGCCACAUGGCCCCAUCAUUUCACCUAUAUCUUACCAUACAUUUCUGUAUUGGUACCUAUGUCGGUUACACUCUCCAAGUGGAUGAUAGUAUUAGUAACAGUGGAUCGAUAUAUCCACAUAUGUAAACCUCUACGUGCAAAAACAUUAAUGACUGUGAAAAAGGCAAAUGUGUAUAUCAUAGUAACAGUUGUAUGUUCUGCCAUAUACAAUAUUCCAGCAUGGAUAGAUUUCCAACAUCAACCUAAACUAGCAGAAGCAAAUUGUGGGGUGUAUGUUAUUCAAACAUUUGCAUUCCAGAAUGUGACACUCUUUAAUAUAAUUUACUACAACAUCGCAAAUCCAAUCUUUCGAUAUACAGGACCAUGGAUUACAGUAUUGGUGCUUAACAUUAAGAUGAUAAAAGCCUUCAGAAAGAAGCAAGUGGCUGCCAAUUCAAAUAAACAAAAAGAAGAAAAGAAAAUCACUAUUCAACUCAUAGUGAUUGUUUUUUACUUUGUUAUUGUAUCAAUUUUAGUCAAUGUAUACAUUGUUGUGGACGUAAUCAAUGAUUACACAGAAUUUAAAUCUACAAAAUGGAACGAAGAUGACUAUUUUGUAUCCUACACUCUAAUUGUUCUUAAUGCAAGCAAUUCUGCCAUAAAUUUUUUAGUUUACUUUUUGAUUGGAAAAACAUUCAGAAACAAACUUAAGCAAACACUAAAAUGCUGGUAGUAACAGGUGACUAUGACUAUAGACUAUUAUUAACUGUAUAAUAAACAUACAAAAAUACUAGAUAACAGCGCCAAAGCGUCGUAAAUCCUUGUAUUACCCCAAAUUGUCACUUGACAAUGUAGUAUGCAAGUAUUCACAUAUGAAAUAUAAACAAAAUCAUUAUACUACUUUUUCAGUUAUAAAAACAUGAAAUAACACACAUAAAAUGGCCCCCAUUUUUUCAAAAUGAUCGUUUCCUACCAAAAGAGUCAUUGGAAAGUAUAGUAUGCUUCGAAGUACUGACAUAUAAAAUUUCGACAAUCGUUUCCAAUUUCGAGUAAAAGUAAAAAACAUAAUACUUCUACUUUUCAAGAUACAGCAAAAUAAAAAUCAAGAAUUUUUGCAUUUAAAACAUAAAAUAAAAAAUAUUACAAUUUUAUAUGUUGUCCCUAAAAUUCAGUAAAAUAGACACUAAAUGGUGGCCAUUUUGAAAAUUUGUCUUCGAGCAGAACUUGUACUUGUAAAACAUAAAUGAUAUUGGGCAACAGCAUUUGAGUUAUUGCCUUA